GUUUUGAGUCUGAAUAGAAGAAGGAGCCGUGGCAGCUGUGUCCAGUGUCAUACUAGAACAACUAGGUGAUGCGCUCACUGGAUGCUUAGGAGGACCAGUAGAAACAGAAGUGGUUUCCACAACUUUUGAUUCUGGUGUCGAUGGCACAUUUUUUCCACCCUUAUUAGUUUUGAGUCGGGAAAAUUUGGAGAGAAGGUCCGUUUGCGUCACAGCUUUGGAAACUGUGUCCAAUGUGUUCUUUACACGAGACAUGUGUUGGCUAAGACCUGUAGACCAGCGUGACGCUGAAGUGUUCAAACAAAGGCCACUGGUGUGGAGCCCAAGCUUCUGCCUCACGAACUGGUUAGCCCUGUAGAGCCAAGCUGUCUGAGCCUGGAGCCUCGAGUGGAGGAUGUGCUUCUGACUGAGGUGGGCCGCCCUCCCAUAACAAGGGUUCUGGACAUUGAGUGAAAAGUACAGAGUACCUGAGGAGGAAAAAGGUAAGGAUGCAGAUUUGCUAGGGUGCCAUGAGUAAGAUGUUCUGUUUAGUUUCAUCCAGGAACUGAGACACCAUUUAUGACUCAUCGUUUUGCGUGCCAAGCGUUCAUUCCAUCCAAUGGAACUUUAGCUCUACACUCCUUUCCAUAAGCCCCUGGUGAAGAUCAACACAAAAAAUGGGAGGGACAUAAACAACAAGACAAUGGGCAGCUGAGCCAUGGCUAAUGCUCAGUCUGCUCUAAAGAUGGCCGUGUGCCUGCUAGUGAUUGCAGAGCUGCUUCUUGCCAAGAAGGACUACUACGACAUACUGGGAGUGCCCAAAGACGCCACUGAGCGGCAGAUUAAGAAAGCUUUUCACAGGCUUGCCAUGAGGUACCAUCCCGAUAAGAACAAAAACCCCGACGCUGAAGUGAGAUUCAGGGAAAUUGCUGAAGCUUAUGAAACCUUAUCUGACACGACGAGAAGACGUGAGUACGACCAGUUUGGUGCUGGCGCUUUUUAUUUCACAGGAGGGAGGCAGCAGCGACCAAACCCGCACCAACCUUUCACCUUCAAAUUCGAUGACAUCUUCAAGGACUUUGACAUGUACAGCCAUAACAACAGACACGCCCGGCGCAGGCAACCCUUCGAUGAACAUUCGCAAAGAGAACCCCAUAGCCGACACAGACGGCAAUUUCAAGGAUCAGGCGUCUUUGGGGAUGUGUUUGACGACAUCGAGAAGAUGUUCGCCGUCCACAGGCACCCAACACACACGGAAGGCGUCUUUCGUACUACAUCCAAACAGCACUGUAGAACAGUGACGCAGCGCAGAGGGAAUAUGGUUACCACAUACACAGACUGCACUGCACCAUAGAUGCAAUACAGACCUUACUGAUAUAUGAUGCAUUUUUUUAUGAACUGAAAAGCUACAUUUGAAUGUGUUGAGGUAUACUAAGGUGAUACAUUUCCACAAAGUUUUAGGUAAAUUUCCAAGAAUAAUUCAGUAUUAUAUAUUGCAGUGAAAAAACUGCAGGCAAGAGUUGAAUGUAGUCUCACUAGCUUUUUUUUUGGUCUUAAAGGUCUAAAUAAUUUCGCACACCCUCAUAAAAUUGGUAAAUGAGAAAUGCAUCAAUUAACUUAUGUUUGGAUUCUGUUAAAAGAGAGUUUUUAAUACGUUAAACUUUGUGUGAAUAUAAAACUAACUGGUUUUGAAAUUUUUACAUUUUGUCAGAAGUCUCAUACACUGGAAAAGGGUUGAGCAGUACAAUUUUAUCAAUUUGUCUGUGUAUGGUAUUUGACCUUAUUAGAAUUAACACCUUUGAGUAUCAAUACUUUUAAGAAAAGAACAUUUUCCAAACACGUAUUACUUUAUUCUAAGCUUGUGGUAGGAGAUGACUUUUACACUUGUGUGCAAUAUAUAUAUAUUUAUUUGUUGAAAAAUAUAAAAUCCAAGCACUUGCCUUUCUCCAAGAGAUCAUGGAUCAUAAAAAUCUGAUGAAACGUCGUCACCAAAUGUCCCAUAUUAAUAGCUGUAUCAUGACGAACCUUUCAUGGAAUUGCUGUUAUUUUGCUUAGCACAGAGCUAAUACAUUUUUAUGACUCUGAAUACCUAUCAAAAUAAAGGUGGCAAUACAUGUUUUUGUAAUCAAAUCAAUAUAAAGUAGAUGAGAAAGUAUUGCAUUCCAUUAGUUUUGUUUCAAUAUUUGUGUUAUUUAACAUAUAUAUAUA